AUCGAGGUCGUUCUGGUUCGAAGGCGACCAAAUUGAAAGCAGAAGAAGAGCGAGAGAUUAAUAAUGGCGAGAUCUAGCGGCAAGGACGCUCAAGCGCUUUUUCAGUCCCUUUGCACUGCUUACGCUGCAACUCCUACCAAUCUCAAGAUAAUUGAUCUCUAUGUGGGUUUUGCAGUCCUAACUGCUCUGAUUCAGGUAGUUUACAUGGCUCUUGUUGGAUCAUUUCCUUUCAACUCGUUUCUUUCAGGAGUGCUUUCUUGUGUGGGCACAGCAGUCCUUGCUGUGUGCCUUCGCAUUCAAGUGAACAAAGAAAACAAGGAAUUCAAGGAUUUAGCACCAGAGAGGGCUUUUGCAGAUUUUGUUCUGUGCAACUUGGUGCUCCAUUUGGUGAUUAUGAAUUUCCUCGGAUAAAUUUGUGUCCCUACAUUUGAUACUUGAUAGACUACUUCUUGGUAAACAGUGUUUAAUCGCGGUUAUUUCUAUGCAACUGUCAAGGAUUUCAGUGAUUUAUCUGCCAUUGGAAGAACUUAGCCUGGCAGUAUGUGUUAGAUUGAGAAAUUGCUUAGACAAGUUUUUCGGUAAAAAACCAGGAUACCUUGUGGUUUUCAACUAGAAUUAAAGUUAGAUCCUUGCAGGAUAUCUAGACGCGUGACAAUUAGCAUAAUUAUUAUGUGUUUUACGCUAAUAUUUUUCUUUUACACAAACCUAAUGUCAUUUUUGGCUU